AUGGAUGCUGGCCGCAGUUUUCAAAGUUUUAUUAGAUCAGCAAUCAUUAAUCUACUUGCCUUUGCCCCUCCCGCCGUUUACAGCACCUUGAGUAAGCUAUGGGUCGCCAAGUUGAGCUCCGGCGAGGUAGUGACAACUGAUGUAUACACAUACAUCGACAUCAUUCUUGAGGUCUUGAAUGAUGGUAUUCCUCGCUCUGCAUGGCUGAAUAUUGGGGACAAGUCAUCGCGAAGCCUUCACUCUCGGCUGAAUCUUGCCUGGACCAUGAUCAUUGUCAGUGCAGCACAAGGCUUCUGA